AUGGACGGCGGGUAUCGUUCUGUUGCGUACUUCGUGAACUGGGCAAUUUAUGGCCGAAAGUUCACACCUCAGAUGUUGCCUGCUGAUAAACUCACUCAUGUCCUGUACUCAUUUGCCAAUGUAAGGCCGGAGAGUGGGGAAGUAUAUCUUACAGAUGGAUGGGCUGAUACAGACAUCCACUUCGAUGGCGACAGCUGGAACGACGUCGGCACUAAUCUCUACGGCUGUCUCAAGCAAUUUAACCUCCAGAAACGACAGAACCGGGCCCUGAAAGUCCUACUUUCCAUCGGCGGCUGGACAUAUUCCAGCAACUUCCCUGUUCCAGCAUCAACCGAGGCUGGACGAGCAGCAUUCGCUUCCUCAUCAGUAACUCUGAUCAAAGAUCUCGGCUUCGACGGCAUCGACAUCGAUUGGGAAUACCCCAAAUCUAGCACAGAAGCCGAGCACUACGUGCUUCUCCUCAAAGCAUGCCGAGAGGCAAUGGAUGCGUACAGUGCCACUCUACCUGAUAAGCCUCACUUUGAGCUCACCGUAGCCUGUCCAGCGGGAGCGCAAAACUACAAUAAUAUGGAUAUCAGGGGUAUGGACCAGUAUAUGGAUUUCUGGAAUUUGAUGGCGUAUGAUUAUGCGGGGAGUUGGGACGCCAAUACUGGACAUCAGGCGAAUCUAAGACCGUCAGGAAGUAACCCCGCCGCGACGCCGUUUGACACUCAGAAAGCGGUGGAGCAUUAUAAAAGCCAAGGUGUGGCUGCCUCGAAAAUUGUUCUCGGCAUGCCUUUGUACGGUCGUGCCUUUGCAGAAACCGAUGGUCUGGGUAAGCCUUUUAACGGUGUGGGGGAGGGAUCGUGGGAAGCCGGAGUGUUUGAUUUCAAAGCUUUGCCUUUAGCUGGUGCGGAAGAGAAGUAUGAUGCGGAGGCUGGCGCCACGUAUAGUUAUGAUGCGGCGAAACGUCAUUUGGUGACUUACGAUACUGUUGCUAUGGCGAGGGAAAAGGCUGCUUGGAUUAAGAACCAGGGGCUUGGGGGUGCGAUGUGGUGGGAGAGCAGUGCUGAUAGAACGGGGGACCAAAGCUUGAUUGCGAAUGUUGUGAGCGAACUGGGUGCUCUGAAGCAGGGCAAUAACUGCCUUACCUAUCCGGAAUCGAAGUAUGAGAAUUUACGGAAUGGAUUUCAAGGCUAG